UACGCUCACAUGUAUGGCCAAUAUGGCUGUGGUCUCAAAAGUAUAAUAUUUUUCACUUGUAAAGCAAACUAGUUUAGCUAACAUCACCGCUUUAUGUGACGGUGUAUUAUAUUUUUAAGUAUCAGACAAUUUAAUUAAUUUCUUGCGUUAACGACAAACCCCGGCGGCAGGAUGAGCAAUAUUUACAUCCAGGAGCCUCCGUCAAAUGGGAAGGUCCUGUUGAAGACCACAGCAGGAGACAUUGACAUUGAGUUGUGGUCCAAGGAGGCUCCUAAAGCAUGCAGGAACUUUGUGCAGCUGUGCAUGGAAAGUUACUACGAUGGCACAGUGUUUCACCGAGUGGUGCCUGAGUUUAUUGUUCAAGGGGGAGAUCCCACUGGGACGGGGACAGGUGGAGAGUCCAUCUACGGACGGCCAUUCAAGGAUGAAUUUCACUCCAGAUUGCGCUUCAAUCGGAGAGGUUUGGUUGCCAUGGCAAAUGCCGGGCCACAUGAUAACGGCAGUCAGUUUUUCUUCACCCUGGGACGUGCAGAUGAGCUCAAUAAUAAACACACCAUAUUCGGCAAGGUGACCGGAGACACAGUCUAUAACAUGCUCAGACUGGCAGAAGUUGAAUGUGACAACGAUGAAAGACCUUUGAAGCCCCACAGGAUAAAAGCUACGGAGGUGCUUCACUGCCCUUUUGAUGACAUCAUACCUCGUGAGACAAAGAAAGCCAAAAAGGACAAAGACAAAGAGGAGGGGAAGAAAUCACAGUCAAAAGCCACAAAGAACUUCAGUCUGUUAUCAUUCGGAGAGGAAGCUGAAGAGGAAGAGGAGAUGGUGAAUCAAGUGAGCCAGACAAUGAAGGGAAAAAGCAAAAGCAGCCACGACCUUCUGAAAGAUGAUCCCAGACUGAGCUCUGUUCCUGCAGUUGAUAAGAAAAAGAAGAAGGGGGCAUCAGGAGAUACCGCCGAGACUGACGAUGAUGAUGAUGAUGACGAGGAUGCAGAUGAUGACUAUGACUCUGAUGAGAGAGAGAAGAGGAGACAGCUCAUCAGUAACAAGUUAAGGAAAGACAAAGCUGCAGAGAAAGUGACAGAGCCUGGUGAGGAGGAGCGGGAGAAAAAGACCAGCCGCAGUGAUGAAUUACGGAAAGAGGCGCGGCAGCUGAAGAAGGAACUACAGGCCAUAAAGCAAAGGAGAGAAGAAAGCUCAAAACCUGCAGUAGAUGAAGCCAAGGAGGUGGAUGAAAAGCCAACCAGUCAGGCGGUGGCUGAGUAUCUGGAGGGACGGAAGAAGUACGAAGAGCAGAGGAAGCAAAAACUGAAGAAAGGCUCAACCAGAGAACAACAGACACUGGACCUCCUCAAUCGUUUCAAGUCCAAGCUGUCUUCAGCCAUCACUGAGGACGCUCCAGAGGAGGACGUGGAGGAGCUGGCAGAGGACGAUGACAAAGGAUGGAUGGCCCAUGUUUUGCAGUUUGAUGAGCAAACCAGAAAAGUCAAGGAUGCCAACAUGCAGGAUGAGGACACCUUCGAGAUCUACGACCCACGCAAUCCCGUCAAUAAACGGCGGAGAGAGGAGAGCAAGAAGAUCAUGAAGGAGAAGAAGGCCAAGAGGUGAGGCGGCGAGGUCGCGAGGUCGGUAGGUCAGGUCCUGCCCGAGCCAUGUGACUGAAAAACUGAUCAUACAGCAUCCCGUCUGUCCACUUUUCCAACACUUCAAACCCCGCUUUGUUGAACGGUCUCUUGGCUCGAACAUCUGGAUUGAGGACCUGAGCAGAAACGAUCCCUGUAAUCUGUGAUGGAAAGGCUCCUUCGCUUGGGAACAGCUGCAGCUGGACUCUAUGCUCAGUUACUCAUCUGGAUUAAGACUGUGGUCGUAAUACUGAUUAAGGUCAUGGUUUGAUUACCUGUAAUGUUGUUCACUUUUUUAUGCUGUUCUCCUUCUGCUUAUGUUGUCUCGAGCCUAAGUGUGAGCGUUAGACUUUGCCAGAAAAAUAAAUAAAUGACAUUAGUUACCAGUC